AUGGGGGACAGCACGGGCUCCUCUGCCGAGCAUGCUGCCGAUGAGGUAUUGGGGAGAGAUGUUUGUUUUCCAGCCAUACUCGAGAUGCAGGAAGGACAAGAGCAGAACAGAGACCAUCGGCCAACAUCUCUUGGAAUGGCACCAAAAAGACGAGGAAAGAAGGCAGACUUGAAGAAAGUGUUUCCCGAGGAUUACGAAGGAGCUCCAGCAGCAGAGUCGAGCGCCUCGGCAGCAAAGGGAAGCUGGGGUGAGAGUACUCAUCAAUGUCAAGAGGUUUUUGCUGAUGACACGCUAGAUUACUGCGAUGAUGAUGGGUCUGACAACGAUGAAGCUCCCAAGAACAGAUCUGAGGAUGAAUACCACGAUCCCGCCUACGAUGAACUAGUCAACAAGCUGGAUCUUCCCAAUAGUACGCGGCCUUCAGCAGCACUAUUCCUCAUCACUGACAAUCGGCAGUCGAAGAUCUGUUACCCCAGAGCCAAACCUCACCACUCAGGUUCUGCCUCGGACGCCCCAGCGGCAGGGACCCCAUCGGCAGCUGCAAUUCAAGCUCAUGCAGUCGAUGGUGGCGAUGACGCCGACAAUGGCAAGAAGGAGAUAUCGCUGGGUGGCUCGGCAGAUGAUGAGGAGAACCAAGUGGAUGAACAAGAUGACACUGCGCCCAUUUCUGUCAUGGAUCUUGAUUUUGGCUGUGAGUCCACCCCCACGUUCGGCAUCAGCAGGACUCUGACAUACACAGCGUCGGAGGAGGAUGAGGGUGAAGAUGACGACAACCAGGAUGAGGAAGAUGACGACAACCAUCCUUUGGCUGAUCGCGACCCAUCGAACAUAUUGGAUUUGAUCGGCAGCGACGGUAACGGCAGCGAUGGUGGCAACGGCAGCGACAACGAACACGAUGUUGACAUGGGCGCAGCAGCGCAAGGAGUACAGAGCACCAUGAACCAAGUGCAAGAGCAGACCACCGCAAACGCUGCUCACAGUAUGUCAGAACAACUCCUGUCCCGGACCCAACAUCAACAUGACGCGCCAUACGUCAACGGCAACGGGACAUUUAAAGGUGCACAGCAGGGCGCUCCGUGGGUCGGCUUCACCAGAGAGCGUAUUGACGUGCUGAACCUCAUAAUCCGCAACGUUGGUGGGCAUCCAGCGGCCAAUCCAAAUGCUUACGAGAUCCCUCCUGGUGGAGUGCCAGUCCUGCCCUCUGAUGAAGAGGCUGCUGAGCCCAACGCCUCCGGCAGCCCACCCGAUCCAGCGGCAGGCUACACCAGGUGGAGCUGCCCCUCGUGGGUUCCCACGGGGUGGCCCCGCCCACCCCUCGUUGACGCGAUCCGUCCUAACGAUGUGACUACUCCAGAAUUUUGCGUGUUGAUCCUGGAACUCCUCUUGUCCCAGCCCAAGGAGUCGCAGGCAGCCUUUUUAUUGGACAUGAUCGUGAGACAUGUCUGCGACCGCCUCAUGACCAGGCAUCAUGAGCACGCCGAGUCGGCAAUGCUCGAGAUCCUGUCCACCCUUGAGCGCUCCCGGGAACUGCUAUGGACCAUGUUUCCUGUGUUCUGGGCGCAGAACUGGGGCGGGUGGGACACGGAGACGUUGGCGAAUGCCACCCGAGGCCUAGACCUCAUGGGCCAUCUUGAUGCCGUGACCCGCGGCACGCGCAACAUGCACAUCGAGAAGGAGGACGCAGGGGAGGGCAAGGGCAAGGGCAAAGGCAAGCCCCGCAACUAG